AUGGAUUCAGCCGCGCCUUUGACACGCAUUGAUAUACACACCCACAUAUUACCGCGUGAAUUGAGUGCAAACGCUAAGAAGUAUCUCGAAUUACGAGCUCGUAAUGAUGGAGAUCCACGACUCGAUAUGUACAAAGAUGGCAAAUUCUUUCGUACGAUAGAGCCCAACUGUUUUGAUAUUGAUGUUCGUCUUCGUGAAAUGGACGAGAAAAACAUUUCUAUGCAAGUUCUCUCGACUAUUCCUGUACUGUUUAAUUAUGCAUGUGAAAACGUCAACGAUAUUCUUCAGCUUUCUCGCGAAUUAAAUGAUCACAUUGCAUCGAUAUGUCGACAGUAUCCAACACGCUUUCUUGGCUUGGGCACAGUACCAUUACAAGCACCAAAGUUAGCAAUCGAAGAACUACGACGAUGUGUAAAUGAAUUGGAUUUAAAGGGUGUGGAAAUAGGUACACAUGUGAAUGAAUGGAAUUUGGACCAUAAUGAACUCGAUCUAUUUUGGUGUGAAGCAGAAAAAUUGGAUGCGUGUAUAUUUGUUCAUCCAUGGGACAUGCCAGUAGGAAAACAGUACGAAGCUUACUGGAUGCCAUGGUUAUGCGGAAUGCCUUUUGAAACAACAGCAGCUAUCUGUUCGAUUUUGAUGGGUGGUGUUCUAGAAAAAUAUCCAAAACUUCGAUUAAUAUUCGCUCAUGGUGGUGGCUCUUUUCCAUUCACACUUGGCCGUAUUGAUCACGGGCAUGCGUGUCGGCCGGAUCUCUGUGCUUAUAACAAUUCAAAUCCACCUUCGUCAUACAUCGGCCGAUUUUCUGUUGAUUCCCUUGUUCACGAUUCUCGUGCAUUGGAAUACUUAGUUGAAACUAUGAAAGAAACUUGUGUCAUGCUCGGAUCUGAUUGUCCAUUUCCUCUUGGUGAAGACAACCCUGGUGAACUAAUUCUCCGAACAUUUAGGGAAAAUUCCGAUCUAUGUGAAAAAUUGUUAAGUAGCAAUGCUAAACGUUUUUUCAAAAUUGUCGAUCAACAUUCGAAAUAA